AUGUUUCAUUCAUCUGUACAUUCUCAAAUGUAGAAGAAAUGACACAUGAUUGAAAAUGCAAAGCAUCAUAACGAAAUGCCUAAUCAAAUUUCUUAAGCGACACACAUUGCAUGUGCACCCAACUCACAUGUCGCUAACAAUCGAUUACUGUGAACAAAAUUGAUCCAAUUGCCGAUGGUCAUUAUCGUGAUGCUUUUCAUUAUUUCACUAUAAAUGUUCGCAGCUCAGUGAUGCUCAUCAUCAGUCAAUUCACAGCAUCCAGUCAGCGUCAACAGUAGCAGCAUCAGCAGCAGAGAAAACCUAAUUAGUGAUCCAAAAUGCACAAGAUCAUCGCAAUUGCUGCCUGCUUCGUUGCUGUUGCUGUUGCCCUUCCGUACAAACACGCUCCCGCGGCACAUUACCAGGAACCCAAGGAAGACUACCACCACCAACCCGCGCAGUACAAGUUCGAGUACGGCGUGAAGGAUGCCCACUCCGGUGAUCACAAGGCCCAGUGGGAACAGCGGGAUGGAAAGCACGUGAAGGGUCAAUACACCCUGGAGGAAGCCGACGGUGGUCAUCGCGUGGUGGAGUACGAAUCCGAUGCCCAUGGCGGAAUCAAUUUCCACGUUUCGAAGCUUGGCGGACACGGGUUUAAGUCGUAUGAACCAGCACCAGUUGUUCCUAGUUUUAAGAAAUCUCGGUAUUGAGUCUGUUGUUGCCAAAUUAGCCAUAGUUAGAUAUGUUAGCUUCAUAUCAAAUUAUUUGUUGAUGUAUGUAGUAAGAGUGUAAUCGAGAAUAGUUCAUCAUACUGACUAAGUUCAUCUCAUUCGCCUAAUCUCAAUUUACCGAGGCAAAAUCUUUGUAUUGAGCCCAGAAUUUCCAAAUAUUUUUAGUUAUUAACAUUAGAACCUAAUUAUAGGAUUUUGAUUCUCUACACGUUUGCUGAAAUAUUGAGGGCAGUAAGAACAUAACAUCGAAACAAUCGUAAUCUAUAUAGAGCUUAAUUUUCAGACAAAAGAUAGGGGAAAUUGCCAUAUAUUGCACGGCUAAUUAUUUUGCUUACUGUUGAACACCCCAUAAAGAAUGCACGGAGUGUUCAACAAUAGGUGAAGAUUUUAGUAAAUGGCGAAUUUCUCUAUCUUUUCAAAUGACAAAUGUAAAUUACUUAGUUUUUGGAAUCAACUGUUGCAAACGUUUCUAUUUCAAUUUUCAAAAUGUUGUACUGUAUCGGAUAAGUUUAUACGGAACAUAAUUUUUUCUCAGUAAACCGCGCAUGAAUUUUGU